UAAUUUCAUUGGUCAAUGUGGUCAGUCCCUGGAGAUGGAAAUGAAAAGGCCGUUGAAGAGCUGCUUAAUGUUCUGUGGUCACACAUUAAGGAGCGAGUACUUCCUUCUUCCUCCAUGACUGGCAACUUUACUAUAAUGCCAGGAAACUGUGACGUGUGUUCUUGGGCAGGGUCUGAGGUUUUGGAACCUUUUUCUAAAAGGGCCAGAGAGAGCACCCUGCAGCAUUUGGUGAUCGAGAGGCUGGCGUGUGGGGCUGAGCUGGUCAGGAUGCGGCAGGUUCCCAUGGGCAGCAGGCUUCUCCUGGUUCUCUCCUUCAUCCUGGUUUGGGGAUCUGCGGUUCAAGGUUAUCCUGCUCGGAGGGCCAGGUACCAGUGGGUACGCUGCAAUCCCGACAGCAUCUCUGCAAACUGCGUGGAGGAGAAGGGACCCCUGUUUGACCUAGUCGCAGAUGGAUCCGACGACGUUGGCCCUCCAAUGAGCAAUCCUAUUCUGACGAGAGGAUUUCCGGAUAAUUUCUUCCCUAUUUCUGAAGACGUUUCUGGGUCGGGCUCUGGCUCCGGAUCGGGCUCUGGCUCCGGUUCUGGCUCCGGCGCUGGUUCAGGUUCUGGCUCAGGAAGUGGCUUCCUAGGCGACAUGGAGUGGGAAUACCAGCCCGCAGAUGAAAGCGACGCUUUCUAUUACAACUAUAGGCCUUUAGACAGGAUGCUCCACGAGCAAAACCAAGAGCAACCAGAAGAUUUUAUUAUAUGAAAGUGUUCAUUUCUGCUUCCCCACCUCCGCACAGAACAAGGUCUCUGUACUUGGUGUUCCACGUUUCAAUGAUCAGUCUUGGGAUAAAGAGCUUCACAGAAAAUUUAAAAUACCUGGAAAAGAGUCUUUCCUCCUGAGUUCUUAAGGAGUUAGACUUUAAUGCUGUUAUUGCUCUAGAAAAGAUCUGCGCUUAUAUGUGUAUUGGAUCAACAUUAUGAAAUUAACUCACACCCCCAUUAUUAUGCGACAACUUUUACAAGCCAUGCUGUUUUUGAAAAAUUCAAUUUGAAUAGCAAAUUGAUGAACAAUAAUAUUUCAUACCUAAAGUGUUAGGAAUGCGACUCACAUUGUGAGUUACAGAAAUACUCCUUUUUAUGAUUUAAAAUAAAAUAAAAACGAAAGAGUGACCUCCUA